AUGGCAGCAAAAGAAUGGUCACCUUCCAGCUGGAGGGAGAAACCUAUAGCUCAAGAUGUCAUCUAUGAAGAUAAAGCUCAUCUCGAUAAAGUCCUCACCAAGCUACGAAGAUUACCUCCUUUGGUAUCUCCGGUCGAGAUCGAUCGCCUUAGAAACCAACUAGCAGACGUCGCUGCUGGUAAAGCAUUCUUGCUACAAGGGGGAGACUGCGCAGAGUUGUUCGAUGAUUGCUCACAGGAUCCAAUUGAACAUAAACUAUCUCUAAUCCUCCUGAUGUCCCUCAUCAUACUACACGGUUCUCGAUUACCUGUAGUACGGAUAGCACGUAUCGCAGGACAAUACGCUAAACCAAGAUCAAAACCUACAGAAAUGGUAGAUUUUGAAGUUCCCGAUGAAUCGUCGGGAUCUGAUGAAUCAAAAAAGACUAAAUCUGAAAAGAGGGAGAUAUUGAGUUUCAGAGGUGACAAUGUGAACGGAUAUGAUAAAUCAGAUAGAGCUCCUGAUCCCGAACGGUUAUUAGGUGCCUACUUCCAUUCAACAGCAACAUUGAACUAUAUUCGAACUUUGCUUUUAUCAGGUUUUGCUGAUUUACAUAAACCGCUCGAUUGGUCUUUCUCGCAUGUGAGAUCACCAGAGAUUCACAAGGCGUUCUCAGCAAUGAUCGAAAGCCUACAAGAUAGUUUGGACUUCAUGAAAGUAGCUACUGGUUCCGCUGCUGGGGGUGGUGAGAGAGGUGGUACUCAAACAGUAGAUCUCUUCACAAGUCAUGAAGCUUUGUUAUUGGAAUACGAAGAAGCUUUAACACGUUCAGAAACAGGAUCAUCACCGAGAUCAUUCUCACCUCCUUCAUCAAAAGUUUCAACUCCAGCAGUAUCGCGUUCAGUAUCACAAAUUCGCAAUACUAAUGAAUCGUACCCUCAUUCUCCUGUACGACCUUCCAAGUCACCUAAAUCAGGUGAUAAUCUGCAAAAUUCUUUCUCGGAUAUCAGGAUGGAGGAUAAGCAAACUGAGAAAUGGUAUAAUACAUCUGCACACUUCAUUUGGAUAGGUGAUAGGACAAGACAAUUAGAUGGUGCGCACGUAGAGUAUUUCAGAGGAAUUGCUAAUCCCAUUGGUAUCAAAACUGGACCUUCUAUGAAACCAGAAGAGAUCAUUCGACUACUCGAUAUUGUCAACCCUGAUCGUAUCCCCGGAAAAGUCACCUUAAUAGGACGAUACGGUGCAGAUAAAGUUGAUCAGUUCCUACCAGCUCAUAUCGACGCUGUAAGAAACACGGAUCAUCCAGUCGUUUGGCAAUGUGAUGCUAUGCACGGCAAUACCAAAUCAUCUCAGACUGACCCUUCGCUCAAAACUCGUCAUUUCGUUGAUAUAAUCACUGAAAUCACGAAAUCAAUGGCUAUACACAGGGAGAAAGGGACGAUCUUAGGUGGUGUUCAUCUGGAGUUGACGGGCGAAGUGAACGAGGAGGGUUACUCUGUGACGGAAUGUAUUGGUGGUUCAAUGCAACUUGAAGAUAAAGACCUGUCAUUCAACUAUAGAACUCAUUGUGAUCCUAGAUUGAAUUUUGAGCAAGGCUUAGAUGUCGCUUUCCUACUUGCUGAUCAUUUGAGAUCUAAACGGAGAGGUGAAGAACCAAAAGAUAUUCUGUUAUCUUCCCUCAGAGGAAGAUCCGGACAACCUCAAUAA